GGAAGUCUGCCGGUCUCUCUCAGCCUUUUAAAAGCAGCCGAGGCAAACCUUAAACAGGAUUCUGACAGAGGCUCAGACAAGUUUCAGAUUUACAGAAGGAUGUCUUCCGCUGUACUUUGUGCUGUUAUUUUGCUGGCAUGUGUCUUCACAUUUAGUGCUGCUCAAACGAGCUGUAAAGGUCGAUGUGGUGUUGAGUACUACAGGGGUUACAUGUGCCAGUGUGAUUAUAACUGCCUGUCUUAUGGAGAGUGCUGCAAAGACUAUGAAUCCCAAUGCACCACAAAAAACUCAUGUAAAGGACGGUGUGGCGAAGGCUUCAAAAGAGGCCGGCUGUGUAGCUGUGACUCUGACUGCGCUAAGUACAAACAGUGUUGUCCAGAUCACAAGAUGCACUGUGAUGAAGAAGAAGAAAUCAGUGGAGCAGCCAGUGCAACAGCACCAGUGAAGACUAAUUCAUGCAAUAAUGUAAAUGAUAACAAACCAAAAGAGCCGACUCUGAAUGAAGCAACAGAGACUUCUUCAAUCAACGAGGGAAACAAUGCAGAUGACCAUUUGAUUCCGCUGGUCAGUCCAACAUCAUAUCCACAAGAUGAUCCCAGUGAUGAUAACUACAGCCACAUUUUUCCCAAUGAUGAGUUUUCCAACAAUAAAGUUGAGGACCCAGAGGCAAGUCCAAUCCCAGAGAGCACCAGCGGCUAUGGAUUGUCUACAGCUGACCUACCGGAUCAAAUUUCUACUGAACCCACCCAAAAUCCAGACACUCUGGAGUUCAGUACAGAGUCAUUUACAGUCUUCUCUCAGAAACAGACGACUCUCUCAGAUAUCGAAAAAACACAGGCCGAUGACAGCCCCACCACCCUUUACCCCAUCAUCGAGGAAGCCCCCACUGAGAACACAGGUGCCAGUGAUCCUACCAUCUCAUCCGAGACAAGAACAACUCUCCCUCAGCCCACAGCAGCAGCUGAUCAUGUCUCCCGCCAGCCUAGCCCAACCUCAGGACCCCAAACUGAGUAUUCUCCUACAGCCGACACCCCAGAGCUCCAGACAGCGGGGCAGGCAGAGGUACAGCCUGAGGGUGACGUUCUUCCUGAUGAUCCGACUGUAGCCUCCUCUGAUGAGCCAGAUGUUACAACCCUACCCUCCAACACAGCCUCCUACACACCUGUGGCCCCAGUAUCCGCAGGAGCCACACAGGACCCUUUUACAGUCCUGGAAAACUCUCAGGUCACCACUAUCUCUGCCUCAACGCUGGACCUGACACCCAACCCAGAGGCAACCACUUCAAUUGCCAGGCCAGAUGAUACUGAGAAAAACACAGACAGCGUCACAACAGGCCCUCCAUCUUCUCUGGCAGACCUUGAAGAUCCUUCCACCAGUGUUUCUCCUGCAGGGCCUGGGGACUUGCCAGAGCUUGAAGCCCCGAUUACCCACAUUCCCUCAUCCACAGAAGCAGUGCAGGAUGACACGACAGAUGAAGUUACAGCAGGAGUAACCACUAAACCACUAAAUGUCACUCCAGACCCAACCAAACCCACAACACCUAUAGCCACCUUAAAACCCCAGGACAAACCUGACCCAUACAACCCAUUGCCAGUUAAACCAACUCCGGCUAAACCUACCCUGGCUAAACCCAGCUCCAAACCUGAGACUAAGCCUCGGGACACUGCACAAACUCUCAACAUAGAUAAUUCCAGAAACUACCAAGCAGAUGACAGCAACGAUACAAAUCUGUGUAGUGGGCGGCCGGUCAGUGCAGUCACUACGCUGAGGAACGGCACAAUCGUGGUUUUCAGAGGACACUACUUCUGGAUUCUGGACAGCAACAUGGUGCCUGGUCCGGCUCGCGGCAUCACACAAGUGUGGGGUGUCCCUUCCCCCAUCGACACAGUGUUCACCCGCUGCAACUGCCAAGGGAAAACGUACAUUUUCAGGGGAUCCCAGUACUGGAGAUUUGAAAAUGAUGUGUUGGACCCUAACUAUCCAAAGGUCAUUGCAACAGGCUUUGAUGGGCUUCGGGACCACAUCACAGCUGCUCUGUCUGUGCCUCAGUACAGUACGAGGACAGAGUCAGUUUACUUCUUCAAGAGAGGGGGACUUGUUCAGAAAUAUUCCUACCAGUUUGGCACCAGUCGAACAUGUGGCAGGAAAGUCCAGUAUCUUUACACACCCCACAACCGAAUUGUUCGACAAGCAGUGUCUGCUCUAGGGCCAGCUGUCAACAUCAGGACAUCUUGGAGAGGUUUCCCCUCCACCAUCACAGCUGCUGUAUCCAUCCCGAACAAUAGAGAGUCAGAGGGAUACAAAUACUACGUCUUCUCAAGAUCCAAAUCCUACAACGUGAGGCUGGAUGGUAAACUUCCCGUCAUUGCUACUCCUGCAGCCAACGAGUCACCUCAGAGCAACAACUUUUUCAAAUGCUAAAAGACUAAAGGCUAAAAUGAAAGAAAGUUGUCUCAUAUCAAUUUUUUUCAUAGUUUUAAAGUUUAUUACAUUCUUCAUAAAGCACACCGCUUCAGCAUGGACUGAUUACAAAAAGGUACAUUAAAAAAAAGAAAAAAAAGCUAAACUAAAAACAGGCUUCAGAACAAGUGAACAUUAUCAAGGUUGAAUACAGAAUCUGCACACGCUGAUUGAAAAUGUGUAAUGUGUUUCUGAUGGGAAUCACAAGUCAUCGUUGUCUAGACGAGUGCUUCAUCUCGCAAAUCGUCUCCCAUGCACACCUCGAGAAGGAAAUCCCUGACCUGUUGGGAUAUAAAAUGUUUCUGUUCAAACAAAGCCUGCAUACUGAUGUAAAGAUUUUAUACAUUGGCUGUAUGACCUGUAUGAAAUGUCAAACAAUUGUUUCCUCUGCUAUUCUCAUCAACA